GAAGAAGAAGACGAACGAGCGAAAUAAGGUGGAGCCUAAAACUAGCUACGUUAACAGAGAUUUGUAUUUGAAUGUAUUAUGGAUCACCAUUAACUGCUGCCAAGGACAAUUUGACAAAGCCAUCUUUUGAGCUCUCUAAUUGGCCGAAUUGAAUGUCCAUAUCAGCUAAUUAUUGAAUGACAGUAGCUAGCAAGAUUGAGUAUACUCAAUCUCAAAAACAUUAGCGAUGUUUUCACAGACAUGUUGACAUUGUAUACCUAUUGAUUUCGACUCGCUGAUCACUGUCGUAUCUGGAUAUGCCCCAGCUAUAAACUACACUUUAGAAGCUUUUGCACACUGCUAUGCUGUCUGUCCGUCAUUCUCAGCCAACUUGUCUGGCAGGUGCUUCCUACAGAAGGCAAGGAUGAGUCGUUUUCUAAAUGUUCUGCGGAGUUGGUUGGUAAUGGUGUCUGUCAUUGCCAUGGGAAACACAGUCCAGAGCUUCAGCGAUCACAGCUUCCUCUCUGAGAAGCUCUACACGGGGACACCAGAGUUUGUAAAUGGCCUCCAAGCAAGAACAUUUGGAAUCUGGACAUUGUUGUCGUCAAUUAUCCGCUGCACGUGCGCCAUUGACAUUCAGAACAAAACGCUCUAUCACAUCACCCUGUGGACAUUUGUACUGGCUCUGGGACACUUCCUGUCUGAAGCCUUCAUCUACAAAACGGCACCUCUGACCAUUGGCGUUAUGGCACCUCUCAUUGUGGCGAGUUUCUCUAUUGUGGGAAUGCUGAUUGGGUUCCAUUGUGGUCCAGAGCCUCAGGAGGAGGUGGCUGCACGGCAUAAGAAGCGGAACUGAUUCCAAGCUGCAGAAAACUGUUGUCAUGCAUUGUGCCAUUUAGCCCACCAAUAGAGAGAGCUGUGGGACAGUCUACUGCUUCUUGUCUUUAAUAAUGAGUGGCGUAGUUACUAAACUGUGUGUACACAAAGACAAGUCCAAUAGGUCGAAACUUUUAAGAGGGGGUAUACAAUAACUGGAAUUUAUUUUGCAGGUGAUUUGUACCUGUGCUACGUGAUUUGUACCUGUGCUAGAAUAUACUAUGGUUUAUGGCUACAGCUGUUUCACUCUUGCACUGACAAUUGAACAGGGAUUGUCGAUCAAUGUUUCAUCAUGUACAGUAAUGAUACAUAAAUGUACAGUGAUGAUUUUAUGUUAUGUAUUGUAAUAAUGGUUUGUUUAAUGUGUGGUAGGGUUUAUGACUGGAUUUUGACUUAUUUUAUGUAAAUGAACAGUUUGGGAGACUGCCAUGUACAGUACUUGAAUGGGUUAUCUCAACAUGGGGCCUUUUGUCUUGAUUUCUAAACUGCUCAGUGAUGGUGCACUUUCUGUGAACUUUCUGUAUGUUACUGGAUUGUGUGUGUGUGAUAUAACACAUCCAUUGAUAAAAUAACAGAGAGCAUUUUUUCCCCAAUGUUUUUUACUUUUAGUUCACCAGAUUACCACCAUGUACAAUUGUUCACACUAUCUGAGACAAUUUGUCCAAACAACAUCUACAAACAGUUUUACAAAACUAUAAUUAUGUUGUUCAUUACUGAGUAUGAGAAGCACUUAAAACUACAUCACCAUUUGAUGUAUUGUAUAUAAAGUGAUCCUUCAAAAAAUAUACUGUGUCAUUGGAGUGAUAAACAACACUUUGGACAACUUCACUGGACAACUUCUAACCACAACACAUCAAGUCAAAUAAGCAGAUAAAACACUGCACUGGAUUUUCUUCUAAAAUAUUCACUGUUAACAUAAAGUAUGGCAUGAAAGGGGUUUCUCAGUAACAAAUAUACAGGCCAGAAGAAUCAUACAUACAAAAUACAACACUAGCCUACCUUGUGCAAAAUUACAAGUCAAUUGGAUUGUCUAUCUCUCCACGCUAAUGAUUUUGUGCUCACAUUCUGUUAUCAUAGCGUUUAAGGCUCUUAAACAAGUCAAUGCAGAGCAUUAAAUACAAUAGUCCCAAAGUUUCUGACUUCUAUUCUAAGAAUGUGGUUAAAGCAGGUUGAUUCCUUCUGAGACCUACUCAGAGGCACAGUAUCAACAAUAUUCACCAUUAUCAGCAGUACUCACAAAUAUCUCUGUGUAAUCCUAUAUGGCAGAUCUCAAAAUCCUGUUAAGCCACUAGGUGAGUUGGCUUGAUUGGAUUGGACCUCUGAACAGACUGCCAUUCAACUAAAACCACUGAAUCUGUUGUCUACUUUUAACUAACACAUUCCAAAAAUAGAACAGUUACAUUAAUAGAUUUAGCAAUGUAAAGACUUAGUUUGGUUACGGUAAGGUAUUGGUCAAAUGUCAGCAAACAAAAAGCACAGUUUAAAUACUGCUCAUAUCGGAAUGCACAGACAUCAACAUUUACAUUAUUUAGAUUGGAGACAUUUAAAGCUAAAGAAACAAAAUGAAAAGAUGAACCAUUCACAGUGUACUCUCAAAAAGUGACACUUAAAUAUUAAUCAUCAGGUCAUUAAACUUGAAAUACCUCUGGCUGUGCUUGAUAAUCAAACUAGUUAUCUUCUGUAGAGUAAUUUGCUAGAGAGGGAGAACCUGUGAAUUCCAAGUGAGUUCCUCUCUGCAUGGUUUGAGUUGAUCUGGGGAGCCUGUUGUGUUAGGCAGUAGAAAUAGCGGUCACUGGAACUAAAGCCAGAGCAGGGUGUCCAUACCCCGGCCUCUAGUACGUUCAGCUGCACAUUCCUGGGCUCUGACUUCCUCAGAGAGGCCUCCUCCAUGUCAUAGUUUCAAUUGUGUACAUAAUUACAUGUUCACCCAAAUUAUUCACUUGUGCAUGUGCUCACCUUCACAUUUGUAAAGGGAAAGCAGCAUGCUUUUCAGUGUAUGUACUGUAUCUGUUCCUGUUUGUAAAUGUUUGUGUGUGUACAUCCUUUGGUAGUUUUCAAACAUGUCUGUGACAGUGUGUGCUGGGCUGUCUUUCUUCUCACACCUGUG